AUGAGCCAGCUGCCCGAGUCUGCGUCGCUGCCGCCACAGGCCGCCUCGGCCAUGGUUCCUCCUCCGCCGGCUCCUCAGGCACCAUACAAUGCCGUUGGCAAACUGUACGUCGGCGGCCUCUCCGAUCAAACCCAUUCGAGGGAGCUCGAGGAGCUGUUCGCAAAGUACGGCAAGGUCACUCUGUGCCAGGUCAAGCCCGGCGGCUUUGCCUUUAUCGAGUUCGAGGACCAACGAGGUGCCGAUGAGGCUGUGGCGACCUUGGAUGGCUACAUCUUCAACGGAAACCGCAUUUCGGUGCAGUGGUCCCGGAGAUCGGGAGCCCGGGAGUCGACUUGCUAUAUUUGCAAAGAGCCGGGACACUGGGCGAGGGAAUGCCCCGAUAACCACCAUAAGGGUGCUGAUGUCAAGUCCGGAAUGUGCUUCCGAUGUGGCGAAUAUGGCCACAUUGCCCGCUAUUGCAAACAAGCAAAGGAGCGUCCUCGUAGCGGAGUUGACGAUCGCUACCGACGAGGCGGUGAAUAUGAGUAUCGAGAGCGCGCGCGUAGUUAUGACGACCGCAGAUACGACUAUCGAGCUCGGCCCGAGUACGAUGAGUUCCGCGACCGCAGAGACCGACGAGAGUAUGAUGACUACCGAUCGCCGCCCCGGCGCUAUGAGGAUCGCGGCUUCCCGGGAUACGACCGUGACCGAAGAGACGACUACCGAAGGGACUACCCUCCCCCUCCCCCUCCCCCGGAUGACCGCCGUGGCGACUACCUGGACUAUGAUGCCAGGAGGAUGGGUGGCGCCCCCCGAAGCCCAUACCGUGGAUACGAUCAAGGUCCCCCGCCCCCGCCCCCUCCCUCGGCCCCGCCGAUGUACCGGGAUCGGAGCCGUUCCCCUCGACGGGAUGACUACCGCGGUAUGCCUGAGCCCUACGGCUCCAGGUGA